UUAUCACGGUUCGUUCCAUAAGAAAUGCAUUGCCCGUAUAUUUUUUUUUAUUCAUUUGGUUUUUUAAUCCUUUUAAAUUGUUUUUUUACUUUUUAAACUGGUCUUAAAGUUUUCUUUGCAUAAGAAACUCGAGGUAUUUUAAUCAUGGUCAACUGCUGGGCACCCCAGUGUUCACACAAUUCUGUCCGAGAAUCGUGUUCUUUUUUUCGUUUUCCGACAGAUGUGGCACUACGAAAUUCUUGGGCGAAUUUAGUUAGGAGGGCAGAUUCUAUUCCAUCAAAUAAUAGUCGUUUGUGUAGUUGCCAUUUUAAAGAUGGUUUGAAAGAAAAUAGUCCGUCUAUAUUUGCUUGGAAUGAAAACAAAAUAAAUCGUUUUGUUUCCCCCGAAAAACGUAAAAGACGAGUACAUCCACAUACGUGAGGAGACGCGGCCAACAUUGGUUGUUUGACCAUUCUCUCAGCUACUCAUGUUGGAAGCCCCCGCAUGAUGCAUUCAAUCGUGAAUUGCAACGAUAGGCAAGACUAUGAUCAAGAUGAGCUGGCAGAAAGAGUCGAACAAAUGUACCGAAAAAAAGAGCCAAACACCAUCUUCCUCUUUUGUUUAACAUAAUCACAAAUCAGUGGAAAACUAUAACAAUAAUUAUACCACUAAAUAGUUAUGGUGAAACUUAUUUAGUGGUAUAAUUAUAGGCAUAGUUUUCCAUUGAUUUGUGAUUAUGUUAAACAAAAUUGGAAGAUGGCGUAUGGCUCUUUUGAUCAUAAUUAAACUGCAAAAAGUAAAAUUUGGUGCUUCUACCUCAAUACCAAGGACUGUAUGAACAGCAUAUUAAGUUUCAUCUUAAUAGUUUAUACCUACCAACAUAAUAUAUUUUGAAAAAAUAAGAAAAUCAAAUAUAAAAAUAUUAUAUAGUUACAAUUGUUAUUUAACUUC